AUGAACGAUGAGGUUGAGCACCUUGAGGGAAUUAUCCAUCCCAGUUCUGUAGAUACUUUUGCGUGUGAUGAAAGUGGGAUGAAGAUGAUGGUAGAGGAACUUGACGAACAAAAUCCUAUCCACAUUGCUACUCCGGAUUUGAGUGUGAGCGAGGAGACGAGUUUCAACUUUGAGGUAGAGCUUACUCCAAAGCUCGAAUAUCUUGUAUACCAGUUUGAGAGAUCGGUAGGGCUCGGGGGCCCCUUGACAGUUCAUUGUAUUGGGGAUCUUAUCCGAAAAUUUAAUCCCGAUCUGGUAUUCUUAUCGGAGACUAAAUGUGAUGCGGCGAAGAUUGAAAUUCUAAAGAGGAAAUGGGAUCUGUUUGGAUUGAAUGUGAAUAAAAUUGGGAAAUCGGGUGGCUUGGCCCUUCUAUGGAGAAAGGAUAUCACAGUGAAUGUUCUAAGUUAUUCCCAAAAUCAUAUCGACGCUACAGUUUCGAUGCCAAGAAUUGAAGGGAUUUGGCGAUUCACGGGGUUCUAUGGGGUAGCAGAUCACACACUACGACACCGAUCUUGGAACUUACUCCGGACUUUGGCCGAAGGAAUGGCUUUGCCAUGGGUUAUCGGUGGCGAUUUUAACGAAAUUCUUUGUAACUCGGAGAAAAUCGGUGGGGUUCCAAAAAUGCCAGGGUCUGAUCAUAUCCCUUUGUUGUUGCAAUUGGCUGGAUACCCUCGUGAUUUUAUGAAUAUGAAGACAAAACCAUUUCGAUUCGAAACCAUGUGGACUAGCCAUGAAGAGUGCACGAAAAUUAUCGAGGAAAUGUGGGCAGCAGGCACAACACUGGAUCCAAUUGAGAUGUGGAGGGAAAAAACAAAUGCUUGCCGAGUAGGUUUGACUCGUUGGAAUAAAAAUGUAUUAGGGAAUCCAAAGAAAAGGAUUAUGAAUAUUCAACAAAGGCUCAAAGUUCUUCAAGCAGGGGUUAUGUCGGCCCGAAGCAAUGAAGAGAAAAGUCGACUUCAUAAUGAACUCGAGCACUUGUACGGGGAUUUAGACACAUAUUGGAAACAAAGAAGUAGGAUCCAGUGGGUACAGGAAGGGGACCGUAAUACGUCUUUUUUUCAUGCAAAAGCAUCUACGCGUAAGCGGGCUAAUCACAUUGGUGGUAUUGAGGACAAUUUUGGAGAGUGGAAAACAAAGCCAUCGGAUAUUGAGAAGGUUAUUACUGAAUAUUUCGGUAAAAUUUUUCAUUCGAGUAGUCCAAAUGCUGAUGAAAUGAGAGAGGCAGUGGGUUUGCUUAUUCCAAGGGUGUCAAAUGAGGCAAACCAAAUGCUUACUCAACCCUAUUCGCCGGAAGAAGUGAUCACUGCUCUUACCCAAAUGGCCCCGCUUAAAUCUCCGGGCCCGGAUGGUAUGCCAGCAAUAUUUUAUCAGAAGUAUUGGCAUAUUACAGGCCCCGAUAUCACUCGUUGCGUUCUUGAAUUUCUCAACUUUAAAAGGGUUCCGGAAAAUCUCAAUCUUUCUCAUAUUGUCCUCAUUCCCAAAACGAAAAAUCCCAGACGUGUUAGCGAUUUCCGUCCCAUUAGUUUAUGUAAUGUCGUUUAUAAGAUAGGUUCCAAAAUGAUUACUAAUCGCCUCAAGAAAAUCUUAAACGACAUUAUAUCUCCUACCCAGUCGGCUUUUGUUCCUCAACGCCUUAUUACCGAUAAUACGCUUUGUGGUCACCUUCGCCCGUCCAGGGGCCUUCGUCAAGGAGACCCUCUUUCUCCGUAUUUAUUCAUAUUGUGUGCAGAGAUUCUAAUUGCGAUGAUUGAGCAUGAAGAAAGUCGAGGCAGAAUUCAAGGUGUUCAAAUUGCGCCUACAGCACCAGUUCUAGCCGAUAGAUCUUUUACUCACCCUUUAGGUAUAGUUGAGGAUGUAUUGGUUAAAGUAGAUAAGUUCAUACUCCCGGCUGAUUUUCUAGUACUUGACAUAGACGAAGAUGAAAAUAUUCCCCUUAUCUUAGGACGCCCCUUUUUAGCAACCGGUAGAUCAAUUAUUGAUGUAGGAAAGAGAGAGCUAAGAAUGAGUGUGGGGGACGAAACGGUGAUCUUCAAGGUGUACCGGGUGGAUGAAAAGCCUAUUACGGCUAAUGGAUGUUAUCUUCUUGAUGAGCCCAGGCGUACCAAUGGGGCUGAAACAAUCGAUUGGCCUGAAACUUGGUUUCGCAUAGUUGAUAAUUUUGACAAGUAUUUGGGAAUGCCAAUAAGUCUUGGACGUACACGUAAGGAGAUUUUCAGCUUCAUUCGAGACAGAAUAUGGGCUCGGAUUAAAGGUUGGGGCGAGAAACAACUCUCAAAGGCUGGAAAAGAGGUUUUAAUUAAAGAAGUUUUGCAAUCCAUUCCGUCUUACAUAAUGAGUUGUUUCGUUCUUCCCUAUUCCUUGAUCCGUGAUAUAGAGGCAGCGAUUAGACGCUUCUGGUGGGGUGAUGGAGUUAACAAGAAAAUGAGCUGGAUGUCGUGGAAUCGUCUGUGUGAGCCAAAAAGUUUAGGAGGUAUGGGGUUCAGAGACCUGAAGAGUUUUAACAUAGCUUUACUCGCAAAACAGGGGUGGAGAAUUCUUACAAACCCCGACUCCUUGUUAUCGAGACUACUGAAAGCACGGUAUUUCCCGAGAACAGGUUUUCUUAGAGCUUCAAAUGGGGUGCGGCCCUCGACCACUUUGAGGAACAUUGUUUACGCAAAACCUUUUCUGGAAAUUGGUUUAAGGAAGAGAAUAGGGAAUGGCAAAAAUACAGCGAUUUGGGGGGAUUCGUGGCUUCAAACGGAUGGAGCUUUUAAGGUUAUAACGAAGAGACCGUUGCAUUCGUCCUUCCCAGACCAAGUAGCAGAUUUGAUUGACAAUUCCACAAAAAAUUGGAACGAACAGCUUAUUAAUGAUGUGUUUUGGCCGAUCGACAAAGAGAGAAUUUCGGAAGUUCCCAUUGGAAAUCUCGGAGCAGAAGAUCGUAUGGUAUGGCAUUAUUCUCGGAAUGGGAAGUUUAGUGUGCAAACCUGCUACCACAACAUACGUGUUGCAUUGCUACGCACAAAUGGUAGGGUGCAUGGCAUUGGGAGUGGUUCCACAACGAAACCAUGGAACGUUAUUUGGAAUCUAAAGCUUCCACCCAAAAUCAGAAUCUUUUUAUGGAGGGCUUGUAAUAGUAUUCUACCAACGAAUGAAGAGCUUUUCCGGAGAAAAAUAAGCACUAGCCCGUCGUGUCGACGAUGUGGUUCACCCCGAGAAUCAACUAUGCAUGUUAUCGGUCACUGCGGUGGGAUGAAUAAAGUAUGGGCAACACCUCCUUUCAAUAAACUCGAUAAGGUAGGAAAUUACAAUAACUUUUGGUUGUGGUUUGAACACCUUCGUCUGACAUUGAACAAGGAAGAUCUGAACCUUGCAAUUGUCAUCAGCUGGAAAGCAUGGCAUAUUAGAAACCAAGAAGUGCAUGAGUCGCCUAACACAGUGGUUUCGGACCUGGUCUCUUGGGGGAAGAAUUAUUUGACAGAAUAUCACAUAGACAGGCCCACAAUUUUGCAAAACUCAGCAAGAGAGGGAAAUGCAAUUUGGUGCCCUCCUAACGAGGGUACAAUUAAAGUGAAUUUUGAUGUGGCGUUUCCGACCGGAAAAAAGUUUUAUAAAGUGGCGGCGGUGGCUCGAAACUCAAUUGGGGAGUGUGUGUGGUGGAACGUACGGAAAUUUCUAGGCCGACCGAGACCUGUCGAUGGCGAAGCAAGAGCGGCGCUACAUGCUCUUAUGAUAGCUCGAGAAAAAGAAUGGAAAAAAUUAUCAUUGAAGGGGAUUGUUUGCAAGUUAUUAAUGCACUUAAAAGUUCAGAGAGCAAUUUGA